GCAGCAUGGGCGGCGGUCUGCCUCGCCGGCGCAGUCACAGCGGCGUCUCAUCUCGAUAAACCACACUACGACCUACGCCACGCCGAGAAUCUAUUCAAAAAUUUUGUUAAGCAGCAUGAAAAAGUAUACGACCGAAGGGAAUAUUUAGAAAGGCUAGAGAUUUUCAAGGAAAGUUUAAAAGAUAUUAACUCUCGAAAUGAAAAGUAUCCUAUGACCGUGUUUGCGAUAAAUCAUUUCUCUGAUUUAAAACCUGAGGAGCUGGAGUUAUAUAACGGAGUCGUGCCUGUGAGGAAUGUAUCAGAAGCUUUUGCUAAUACCGCAAGCACUGUGUCUAGUUACUCCAGUUUACCUGAAUUUGAUUGGAGGAAAAUGGGGGUCGUCUCACACGUCAAGGAUCAGGGGAAAUGUGGCAGCGGGUAUAUCUUUAGUGCUAUAGGUGCUAUGGAAGCCAGGUACAACAUGAAGUAUAGACAGUGCUUGGCGUUCUCUGAGGGCCAGGCCCUUGAUUGUUGCGAACACGCCGGAUGUUAUGGCGGCGACCCGUGGCGUAUCAUAAAUGGAUACUGGUUCCUCCCAGGAGUUAUGCUGGAAAAAGACUACCAAUAUCAUCCAGAAAGGCAGACUUGUCAAAUUAGCAAAAAGGUAGUUACCCACGUGAUACCUCAAGUUUACUCACUACUCCCCGUAUUCAAUGAAAACUAUUUGCGUUCUUUUCUAAUAAGCUUUGGACCUUUGGCUAUCUGCUUAAAUUCUGCGGAUUUUAAACACUAUUCUGGAGGAAUUCUGGAACCUGACUUGUGCACCGGUAAACCUUUAGAUCACUGCGUUCUCUUAGUAGGGUAUGGGGAAGAAAAUGGUAAAGAGUUCUGGAUACUGAAGAACUCUUAUGGAGUACUGUGGGGCGAGAAUGGAUACGUCCGCAUACGCCGAGGGGUCAAAGCGUGUGGUAUAGGGGGAAAAUACUAUACCGCAACUACCGCUUUUAUGCAGUAGAGCUUUUAACCUCUCGUAUGCUUUAUUAUGAUAUUUACAUAAUUAUAUAUGUAAAUGAUUGAUAUUUUAAUGUCAAUUUUUGACAGGUGUCAAAAGCCUCUCAUACCAUCGGAAAUAUAAUACAUUUUGGAUUUGC